GGUUAUCCAUCACCGUUCCUCCCACCUCCCAGCGAAGCCACGCACACCACACCAGAGCACCUCUCCCCGUCGCCGCCGCCGCAGCAGCAUCCAUGGCGCCCAAGGCUGCCGAGAAGAAGCCGGCAGAGAAGACCCCCGCGGGCAAGAAACCCAAGGCGGAGAAGAAGGUGCCGGCGUCCAAGGAGGGCGGGGGCGAGAAGAAGGGGAAGAAGAAGUCCAAGAAGAGCGUGGAGACGUACAAGAUCUACAUCUUCAAGGUGCUGAAGCAGGUGCACCCGGACAUCGGGAUCUCCUCCAAGGCCAUGUCCAUCAUGAACUCCUUCAUCAACGACAUCUUCGAGAAGCUGGCCGGCGAGUCGGCCAAGCUGGCGCGGUACAACAAGAAGCCCACCAUCACGUCCCGGGAGAUCCAGACCUCCGUCCGCCUCGUCCUCCCCGGCGAGCUCGCCAAGCACGCCGUCUCCGAGGGCACCAAGGCCGUCACCAAGUUCACCUCCGCCUGAUUCGGCUGAUGGAUCGAUGUCACCCUGUAGUUUCCUGUUCGUGCUCUGUCCUCUUGUAACUUGUCCUGGUUGUGUGGGAUCACAUCUCAUGAUCCGGAGAAAUAGUAACAGCGCUUAUUUCAGUUCUUGCCA